GGCAGGACCUGGAUGGUCUUACGUUACAACCUCACGCACGAGAACCGAAAGAAACAUGGAGGCAAAAGAAGACGCAAAUAGCGUCCGACAAGAGAUUAAGAGCUGGAAGACUUGGGAACGCUGCGUGAUUGUUGAGGAAGAUAGGGUCAUCAAAAGAGAGCUAGGUGAGGGGGAGCUUAUACGUCGCGCAAGUAACGACGUUCUCCGACCUUUUUGGGCCAAGGAACGGCUCCGAAACGAGGCCGCAACGAUUGAAUAUGUCGCCUCAAAAACGGCAAUUCCUGUGCCAAAAUGUCGACUGUACACCAAGGAUGGACUCCUUCACCUCGAGACGGAGCGAAUCACGAACGGGACGCUUCUCGAGGAUAUAGAAGAAGGGUCUCGGCUAGCCGCGAUUACUGCCGUCGAUGAGCAAAUGAAAUCUAUCGUGCUGCCACAGCUUCGCUCUCUUCGUCGAGAUUACAUUGGAAGCAUCGACACCAGCCUUCCAGUAUUUCCACCACAGCGAGUAUACAAUCGUGACCGACGGUCUUGGAAGCGAAUAUCGGCGAAGACUGAAUGCUUCGUGCUUUGCCAUAACGAUCUCGGCCCACAGAACGUCUUCAUCCGCCCGGAUACAUUUGAGAUUGUCGGUAUCAUAGACUGGGAAUUCGCAGGGUUUUUCCCGCCAUAUUUCGAGCUUCCAUUGUGGAGAGCGUUUAACUGGACCGAAGAACAGGGUAUAUAUGACGAGGCUAGUUUACGCGAACUGGGCUUUUUUGGGCUCAAACCGGAGGAUUUAAAAGACUGCAUUCCACCACCGUGAUCGCACGUCAUCCGCCUGCCCCGACCCCGCUUGGUCCAGGGCCAUUGUUCCUUGUUGUCGUCCCACCGCGGCGAGCGACGAUUCAUAUUUGUAUGCGUAGAGUGUGGCAAAAAUAGACUGUGGGCGGGGUUUCGGCGCAUGCGAGGCGGGCGUGGUGAGAUUGCUUGGCCGGCGAGCUAUCCGUGGAUGGUGGCGAGUUAAACCUGGGCGGAGGAGUUUUGCGGACACCAGAGGCAGACGGGGCGCCCGCAUGCGGAGGGUGGAGGAAUGGCCGAGGACGAUUUCGUUGGUAUAUAUCAAUUUUUGACCCUAUCCAAGGGAUGAACAGUCAACAAUA